CGUUGAGGGAGCGCGCUCCCUCGGAGCGGGCAGGCGCGGGGGGCGGGCCGCGCGGGCCACUAGGCCGCAGCCUGGGGCCUCACGUAGGCGCCGACCCGGCCUCCUUGAGCUUCGGGCCGGGAGAGCCGCGGUGGGGCAGCAGCAAGUUGGCCGACAGGCAGGCCCGAUAGGAAGCGUCCUACCGUACAUACCCGCGCCGCCCGCGGACUGCGUUGUUUCGGACUCUCUGAGAGGGACUCGCGGUCUUCUGCAAGAGGAAACUGGUUUCGGCAAGAAGAUUAUCUUGAUAAUGGUAAUAAUAAAAUGGCAAUUCAGCAAGCAGAUAAAUUGUUGAAGAAACAUAAGGACCUUCAUUGUGCUAAGGUUUUAAAGGCAAUCGGUUUACAAAGAACUGGAAAGCAGGAGGAAGCCUUUACUUUAGCACAGGAGGUGGCAGCUCUGGAACCCACAGAUGACAACUCACUGCAGGCGCUGACUAUCCUUUACCGGGAGAUGCAUCGGCCCGAAUUAGUUACAAAACUUUAUGAAGCUGCUGUGAAGAAAGUUCCCAACAGUGAGGAGUAUCACUCUCACCUCUUCAUGGCCUAUGCCAGAGUGGGUGAAUACAAGAAAAUGCAACAGGCUGGCAUGGCUCUAUAUAAGAUUGUCCCCAAAAAUCCUUACUAUUUUUGGUCUGUGAUGAGCUUAAUUAUGCAAUCUAUAUCAGCACGGGAUGAAAACCUCUCAAAAACAAUGUUUCUGCCCCUGGCUGAGAGAAUGGUCGAAAAAAUGGUAAAAGAGGACAAGAUAGAGGCUGAGGCUGAGGUCGAGCUUUAUUAUAUGAUCCUGGAACGACUGGGAAAGUACCAGGAGGCCUUGGAUGUCAUUAGAGGGAAAUUAGGAGAAAAACUGACAAGUGAGAUUCAGAGUCGUGAAAAUAAAUGCAUGGCUAUGUACAAGAAGCUGAGCAGGUGGCCAGAAUGUAAUGCCCUUUCUCGGCGCCUCUUACUAAAAAACUCAGAUGACUGGCAGUUCUAUCUGACUUAUUUCGAUUCUGUCUUUCGACUGAUUGAAGAGGCCUGGACUCCACCUGCUGAAGGUGAACACUCAUUAGAAGGAGAAGUACAUUACUCUGCAGAAGAAGCUGUGAAGUUUAUAGAAGAUCGAAUAACAGAAGAAUCUAAAAGUUCUCGCCAUCUCCGGGGACCACAUCUAGCUAAACUGGAGCUGAUUAGGCGUUUACGAAGUCAAGGCUGUAAUGAUGAGUAUAAACUAGGUGAUCCAGAAGAAUUAAUGUUCCAAUAUUUUAAAAAGUUUGGGGAUAAACCAUGUUGUUUUACAGACCUAAAGGUGUUUGUUGACCUUUUGCCUGCUACACAAUGUACAAAAUUCAUUAAUCAGUUACUUGGCGUUGUUCCUUUGUCAACACCAACAGAGGAUAAGCUGGCACUGCCUGCUGAUAUCCGAGCUCUGCAGCAACAUUUGUGUGUGGUGCAGCUGACAAGGUUACUUGGCUUAUACCACAUCAUGGAUAAAGAUCAGAAAUUGAGUGUCGUCAGAGAAUUGAUGUUACGGUACCAGCAUGGCUUGGAAUUUGGGAAAUCCUGUUUGAAAACAGAAUUGCAGUUUUCUGACUAUUACUGUCUUCUUGCUGUCCAUGUGCUUAUUGAUGUAUGGAGAGAAACAGGUGACCAGACUGCUGUGUGGCAGGCCCUGACUCUGUUGGAAGAAGGAUUAACCCAUAGCCCUUCCAAUGCUCAAUUCAAAUUGCUGCUUGUUCGAAUCUACUGUAUGUUGGGUGCAUUUGAGCCAGUGGUGGAUCUUUACUCCAGCCUUGAUGCUAAGCAUAUCCAGCAUGACACCAUUGGUUAUCUUUUGACCCGAUACGCCGAAUCUCUAGGUCAGUAUGCUGCUGCGUCCCAAUCCUGUAACUUCGCACUCAGGUUUUUCCACUCCAACCAGAAAGAUACCUCAGAAUACAUUAUUCAAGCUUACAAAUAUGGUGCAUUUGAGAAAAUCCCAGAGUUUAUCGCUUUUAGGAACAGACUGAAUAAUUCUCUUCAUUUUGCACAAGUCCGUACUGAACGGAUGCUGUUAGAUCUUCUACUUGAAGCCAAUAUAUCAACUAGUUUAGCAGAAAGUAUAAAGUCAAUGAAUGUUAGACCAGAAGAGGAUGACAUUCCGUGGGAAGAUUUGCGAGAUAACAGAGAUUUAAAUGUUUUCUUCAGCUGGGAUCCAAAAGACCGGGAUGUUUCUGAAGAACAUAAGAAGCUUUCCUUGGAGGAGGAGACCAUUUGGUUAAGAAUCCGUUCCUUAACAUUGAGGCUCAUCAGUGGACUUCCAAGUCUUAACCACACUGUGGAGCCAAAGAACUCAGAGAAGACUGCUGAAAAUGGUGUGUCCUCCCGGAUUGAUAUUCUGCGCUUGCUCCUUCAACAGCUAGAGGCAGCUGUCGAGACAGGAAAGCGAUUUAUUGAGAAGGAAAUUCAGUAUCCUUUCCUUGGUCCUGUACCUACCAGAAUGAGUGGAUUUUUUGAUUCUGGCUGUUCUCAAUGCCAGAUAAGUUCCUUUCAUCUUGUUAAUGAUAUUUAUGAGCUGGAUACCAAUGGUUUAGAGGAUACAGUGGAAAUACAAGACCGAAUAGAGAAUAGCCUUAAGUCUUUAUUAGAGCAGUUAAAAGAUGUCUUCGGUAAAUGUAAAGGUGACCUGUUGGAAGUAAAAGAUGGUAAUUUGAAAACACAUCCUAUUCUUUUAGAAAAUCUAGUCUUCUUUGUUGAGACCAUUUCUAUUGUCCUUUGGGUAUCAAGUUACUGUGAGAGUGUCCUGCGACCAUACAAAUUAAACUUACAGAAAAAGAAAAAGAAGAAAAAAGAAACCAGCAUUAUCAUGCCACCUGUCUUCACCAGUUUCCAAGACUAUGUUUCUGGACUUCAGACUUUAAUUUCCAAUGUUGUGGAUCAUAUUAAAGGGCUUGAAACACAUCUAAUUGCAGUUAAGCUUGAAGAACUCAUUUUAGAAGACACUUCUUUCUCUCCGGAAGAGAGAAAAUUUUCAAAGACUGUGCAAGAGAAGGUGCAGAGCAGUUACCUGCAUUCACUUCUGGAAAUGGGGGAGCUGCUGAAAAAAAGGCUUGAGACCACAAAGAAACUAAAAAUUUAAAGAUGUAUAAACAUAGGCACUGAUGACUCUAAAAGCAGAAAUGACCAUACCAUCUUCCCAGGCAAAAGCAACAUCUGGUUGACCAUCAUUGUAAUCCAGAACUUCCUCAUAAAAUGCAUGAAGGACUUCGAUCGUGAAUUAAUUUUUUAGAUAUUAAAUAUAUACAACUGAUUAAAUUAUUGUAUAUAAACCAGAAGCAGGACCCUCAUCUGGGUUUGACCACUUUUUAUACAUGUUCAUAUACAUAUGGCAGCAACAAGAGUACCCUACUUUUCUUCCCUCCCAUCAGCAGAAACACCAGAGGUUGGGGGGAAGUGUAAAAGCAGCAAUAGAAAUUAAGUGUGAAGCAUCAACCUCAGAGCAGUGGGAGUUUUAGUCUGGUCUUGGCCAUUGGAAGCAAAAAGUAGCGGUAGAGGGGGUCAUGAUUGGGAGCAGGUCCUUGUCCACAGCAGCAGACUCACGUUGAGGCUUUCUCAGCUGUGUUACUCCCACUGAAUUGAAAGCAAGUCCACCUUGAAUGAGACUGAGCAGAAGAACUUGAUCAGAAAGGUGCCACUCAGAUGACCACAGGUGCUCACUUUUGACUUGGCAGUCUUGAUACUCAAGACGGUCCCAUCCCAGCGCCUGAGAGUUAAGUCUCACACAGAAGCAAAGAAAGCUCUCAAUCUACUGCUGUUUAGAGAAGAAAGCAGUACAGACCACUUACUGAACCUGCUGAGGACUAGUUUGCUGUCAUUUAUCCAACUGGGAAUCACUAGAGAGAGGUGUACAUAAUUUAUACAGGCAAGUCUGCUCGUUCUUUCAUUGGUUUUGUGAGUCAUCCUGCAGUUGAUUUGAGUCAUAUAUAUAUGACAUAUAUGUAUACACAUACAUAUAUCUGCAUAUAUGUAUGCUUGAAAAUUAAGAUUUACUGUUUUAGUGUUUUGAUUUGGGAUGAAUCAGUUUAACCUAGAUUUUAAGUUUUAGGCUGGCAAAGGAAAUGUUAUCCAGUGGAUUUAAUGCUCAGUCUGAUUUCUUAAAACUUGAGAAUUAUACCAGGAUGGUAUUUACUUUGUUCACCUGGAGGUCUGAUCCCCAAGACUGUGUAGCUUCAAAGGUUGAUCUGAUAGAAAAGUUAAAAAUUGCUCUUGAAAAUGUUAUGCAAUUUUUAUAAUUCCUUUGAUAACUUUUUUUUUUUUUUUUUUUUUUGGUGUUGGAAUCCUUGCUUCUGUUUUUGGUCUUUGUUACCUAAGUGUAGUUAAAGUUAAUCUGUAAGAGCAAAGCAAUGAAUUUGAUGAGGAAAUUCAAGCAUUUGACAGAGGAUUGGUCUUAAAGGCCUCAACAAUUCUUUCAUAUGUACUGCUCGAGUGAAAUGUGAUACUUACUGUAAAAGCAACCAAAAGAGAACUGGGAAAAUCCGUGUGUCCAAAGUUUGCAUUUUUGUUCCCUCAUCUUGAUUUUCUUAGGUUUACAAUUUGAUAGGGUGUUUAAUAACUGUUUAAACUUCAAGGAAAUUUUUAGAAAUUACAUUAUCUGUUUAAAAUAAGACUUGUUAGAGAAGCUAGUCCAUCAAGUAAUUUCAAAAUACUAUUUUUGAUAUAAAUUAGUACUCAUGGCCAUCAAACACCCCAUCUUCAAAGGAAGAACUGUCUCAAAUGCAAUGAAUUGAUAGUUCAGAUUCUGAAUCUCCUUUAAUGAUAACAUAUCAUUAUUUCAUAAAACUGUUGCCUAUUUUAGAUGGAAUUUUGUGUGUAUGCAGGGGUGGAAGGGAUGUAUGUAUGGCAUGUGUUCCUAGAAUGAUGUUUUGAAAAUCCAAAAAAGUACUGUACAUAGAAAUAGAAAUCUUCUUUAAAACUUCUAUCACAACUGACCAUGAUCAAUCUAGCAUAUGUAUGCUUGGUGGGCUGGCCUUGGUCCUCAGGGACAGUGCGUGACUGGUGGUCUACCUAACCAGUCUCCUGGCUAGGGCUAUCUGGACCGCUCUUGGUUUUACUGACAAAUGAUGUUACUUUUGAAGUUAUGCUUCCUUUGUUACUUGCUUGUUUUCCUACUGAAUGUAGCAAUUCAAUUAGAUCCAACUCUCACAUUUUGAGAUAAUUGUAAAAAGAAUGAAAUUAUGCAGAAAUGGCCAAUAUCUUUUAUCAAUCUAUUCUUUUGGAAUCUGUCAUGCACUAUAAAUUGUGUACAGUUUAAAAAGUAUAUCUAUAUAUAUAUAUAUAUAUAUAUUCUUACAUGAGUAAAAAGCACCCUCUCCCAGCAAAUUGUAUGUCAUUGAUAUUUGAAGAAAAUUCCCAAAUAACCUGUUGCUGCUGCUGCUGUUUUUGGUUUGUAUGAUUUUUUUGUUUUGUUCUGUUUUUGUGUGAUAAAUUGAUAUUUAAAAGAAGGAAAGGAGAAAAAACACGACUACUGUUUACAGACUGAAAAAUUAUUGCUUUGUAUACUACUGAGAUCCUAACUUAAGAUUCUCCAAAGCAAAUAUUUGGUUUUAAUCAUUUACCUGAUACAGAUAAAAGGUAGAGAAACUCAGUAUUCUCCACAGAAUGGAAAAUGUACAAAUGCCUAGUUGUGUUGCCCAUCAAUUUUGUAUAUUUUCAUAAUUUUAAUUGUUCAAAAUUGCAUUAUAUUUUGCAAUCACUAUGUUCAAUCUGGAUUUGUCUUUCAUUUUAACUUUUAAUAUAUAAAGGGGUUUCAAUGUAUCUAAAGGUUUGUUAUUGAAACUUCCUAUUUGAUGUGAUUUAUUAAUAUGGGAAGUCUAUAGUCUUCCUUCUUAAACUUAAGAGUAACUAAUUGACUUUAAACUGGAUGGGUUAAUUUAUAUAAACAUUUUCAUUUUCAGUUGGCAUUUCUGCCUGGUUCAUUCCCCUUCCCCUGAAUUCUUAGAAGCUACAACCUUCUCAGUUGGUGUAACUCAUCUCAAUUCUGUAUUGAGUGCUGUAUCCCCUUGCAAAAAUUUAUUAUUUGUGAAUUUACAUUUUUUGUUCUAAAGCCACCUGUCUUUGGUUUAAAAGUAAUUCAUUCCAUACAUUAAUUUAACAUAUA